AUGGCAACGGAGGGCGCCUUACGUCACAGCCCCCCUCCCGCCGGCUCGCGGGCUCCCCCGGCCGGCCCUCCCGGGGGCUGCAGCCGAGCCGAGAGGACCAGGCCGGCCGAAGCAGGGGCGGCGGCGGGGGCGGUGGCGGCCCAGGCGCUGGUCCUGCUGCUCAUCUUCCUGCUGUCCAGCCUGGGCAACCUGGCCGUGAUGGGCGUGAUCGUGAAGCACCGGCCGCUGCGCACGGUGACCAACGCCUUCAUCCUGUCCCUGUCCCUGUCGGACCUGCUGACGGCUCUGCUGUGCCUGCCCGCCGCCUUUCUGGCCCUGUUGGCCGGGGCCGGGCCGGCCUGGCCCCCCGGCUCGGCGGGGCCCUGGGCCCGCUUCUGCGCCGCCGGGCGCUUCUUCAGCUCCUGCUUCGGCAUCGUGUCCACGCUGACCCUGAGCCUCAUCUCCCUGGACCGCUACUACGCCAUCGUCCGCCGGCCGCGGGAGAAGAUGGGCCGCCGCCGGGCGCUGCAGCUCCUGGGGGCCGUGUGGCUGCUGGCCGUCGGCCUGUCCGUGCCCUGGGACCGUCUCCGGGCCGGGGCCGGGCCCGGCCCGCACGGUUGCCUGUACGGCUCCCGGCCGGGGCCCGCCUACGGCCUGGGCCUGACGGUGGCCUGCUACCUGCUGCCCUUCGCCCUCAUGUGCUUCUGCCACUACCACAUCUGCAGGACGGUGCGGCGGUCCGAGACCCGCGUGCGGCCCCUCACCACCUACGCCCACCUGCUGCGCUUCUACGGCGAGCUGCGCACCGCCACCACCGUCCUCAUCAUGAUCGUCUUCGCCAUCGCCUGCUGGGGCCCCGCCUGCCUCCUGGGCCUGCUGGCCGCCGCCAAGCACCCGCCCCGUUUCCCCCCGGCGCUGGACACCCUGGCCGUCUGGCUGACCUGGGCCAACGGGGCCAUCAACCCCCUCAUCUACGCCCUCCGGAACCCCAACCUCUCCGUGCUGCUGGGCCGCGGCCGGGAGGACGGCUACCGGACCCGGAACGUGGCGGCUUACCUGUCCGGCUGGGGCCGGGGCCCGGGCCCGGGGGGCCGCCUCCGGGAAGGCCUCCCCGCCGCCCGGUGGGCCGCCCGCGGCCGGCGGGCCUCAGCCGGCCCCACGCACGGAGGGGCCGCCGGCCCGGCCGGCGAGGUGGCCCUGUGGGCCUGCAGAAACCCAGCCAUGCUCUUCUGCCGCGAAGGCCGGCCGGACGCCGAGACGGACAAGCCCGCGCUGCCCAAGGCCGAGGCGGCGGACACUAGCCUCUAGGUGGGCCGGCCACACGUGCACACCCAAGCACACGUGCGCACAGACACACACGCACGACGCCCAAACCACGGGGGCUUCUGCAAAGGACAAAAUGACGAAAGAGGGGGGAAAAAAACCAGAACUCCACCAACGCGACAGCCCAUUGCAAACGCCCGGGGCCGAGAACGACCCCAAGGCAAACCCCGGCCCCCCACCCCCUCUCCUGGGUCUGGGCCCACCAUGACCCGGGGAUCCGCCGCUCGGAGGGAGGACGGCCGGUGGGCUGGCCCCGACUGGAAAGGGUGAAAGAAAAGACCACCUAGAGGGUGGUACUCGGACAAUCGAGACAUUCGGAUCCAGCUGGGCCUGGGCCUGGACGUCACGUAAAAGGGAUUCCGAGGUGGCAGUUCCCAGCCCUAACGGCGACCCUACAAGGGCAGCCCGCACUGCCAAUUCGUCACGAGCCUAAAAAAGUGUUUUUGCUGCUUUUCCUCCCUCCCCCACCCGGCCAUCUCCAAGCCUUAAUGUGAUCACUGUUUUAAAUCCGGGUUGGGAUUCUGCCCUCCUGCUAACUUCUGAAGCCUUCAAUGUGAAACAGUAGCCAGGACUUUUUUCCUGUACAGUAUUUAAAGAUACCGUGUUUUAUCAAAACUUAGGCUGUGAGGUGAAAUGGGUGAAAAUGAUUUUGUA